GUCUUUCAAACUCCGCCACUCUUCACAGGACGAUCACUGAGCAGAGGACAGUUAUGGAGAGAUAUGAAGAUAUGCCAUCUGCAAGGGGUAGCACAAAAAAUAAACUAAGAGCCCCCAGUUCUUCGUUCACGGGCAGGUCUGCUCGUCAGCAGUUGUCUCCAUAUCGCAAGUGCUACCAACAUUCAUCGCCCCAGGUCCCCUUUAUGAGGAGGGCUUUUUCAGGUGUCGUGCACUUCCCUCAAAGCGCAGACGGUGGAGCUGGAAAGGUCGAAGAGGCUAGGAGAAAGACAGCCAGAACAGAACUAGAACAGUUUCAAUUUCCAAGCGAUGUUCUGCGGGUGGCCGUAAUGGCUCAAUAUGCCGACUGCGAAGCAACCCGUUACCGUAUAAUCGCUGCAACAUGGGAGAUCGAACGACUUGAGAGGUGGAAGCGCUUCUUCGACCGUUCUUUGAACUAUCUCCAAGAGAAGAAUACUACUUCAGUGUCUAGAUUUGAAUUUUUCAAGAAGUGCUGUCUAGAUCUUGGUGGGAGAGACGCUGCAGCACUGGGCGCCAUGCAGAAGGAUUUCAAGGACACUGAGGAAGUUGCUAUUUCUCUGGGUGUCCUCGACGAGUCGGAGGAGUCUCAGAGCUUCUACUUUGGGGUCACAGAUUCCGGUGAUACAGAGGAUUCUAACCCAAGUGACACUGAGAUUCCAGGCCCCCCCCCCACAAGCGAUCCACCAGCCCCGCCCACAAGUGACCCAGAGGUUCCGUACACGAGCGAUCUCGAGGGGAUUCUUUUUCCGACGGAAGACUCUGAAUGUAACUGUAUCACCGCAUUGUACACCACAUCGAACGCUAUGUAAUAUCUUUGCAUGCUGUCCGUGCGUCUUUAUCACUCUGGCGA